AUGCGCGCAUUAACAGAUAAGAGUGGAAGGAGUGAUAAAACAUCCAAAUACACCUCCAUCCAACACGUCCGCAUUAUUGACCCUAACCACCACGUCCAUUGCAGUUUCACUGUUGCUUUCCGAAGAAUUCUUACAUUUAUUUCUCUUUUUAAUGGGGGUCUUACUUUUGUCUUUUUGUUUGAUUCUUUAAAAUCAAUAACUUUUCUUUCUUUUUUUCUUUCUUUCUUUCUUACCAUCAUUUGGUUCUUUCUUUCUUUUUAUUUUGAUUCUAUUAAAUGGACUUAUGUCAUAAUUCCUCAUUUUCUUUCUUCCUUUCUUUCUUCUUUUAUCAUUCUUUCUUUCUUUCUUUCUUUCUUUCUUUCAUCAUUCCCCUUUUUCUUUAUUUCCUUCUUUCAUUCAUCAUUCCUUCUUUCUUUCUUUUUUUCUUUCUUUCAUCCUUCCACUUUUUCUUUAUUUCUUUCUUUCAUCAUUCUCUUGUUUCUUUCUUUCUUUCAUUCAUCAUUCCACUUUUUCUUUCUUUCUUUCUUUCUUUCUUUCUUUCUUUCUUUCUUUCUUUCUAGAGUUAUCAUCUAUCUAUUGUACGUGUUUUUUGAUGCAGUCUCCGUUCCAACAUUCGUUUUUACAGAAAGAAGUGUACUUAUCAUUUCUGUUUUCGAUGAGUAUAUUGUAACACUACACAUCCCAGCUUAUUCAUAUGAAUUUCUAUCUAUCUAUCUAUCUAUCUAUCUAUCUAUCUAUCUAUCUCAUCUUAUUCACUCUGUUCGUAUCUAUGUAUCUAUCUAUCCCUACCUGUUCAAAUCUAUCUCAGCCUAUCGCAGUCUGUUCGUAUCUAUCUAUCUAUCUAUCUAUCUAUCUAUCUAUCUAUUCGUAUCUUUCAUAGUCUGUUCAUAUCUAUCUAUCUAUCUAUCUAACGAUUUCAGUUAUGCUAUUGUAAAUGGCGAGUCCUUCUUCUUCUUCUUCUUCUUCUUCUUCUUCUUCUUCUUCUUCUUCUUCGUGCCAUAUGAUUUUUUUUAUUGCUAUACACUGAUUAUCUAUCUAUCUAUCUAUCUAUCUAUCUAUCUAUCUAUCUAUCUAUCUAUCUAUCUAUCUACAUGUGAAUUUCUAUCUAUCUAUCUAUCUAUCUAUCUAUCUAUCUAUCUAUCUAUCUAUCUAUCUAUUUAUUUGAGGAGGGGGCAUUUUUGUGGUUGA